AUGCCCGCUCAAGAGUCCAAACCCGUCGACCCCGCCAUCGACCAGGCGGAGGAAGCUUUCGAGAACGCCGUCGAACAAGCCAAGGGAAAGCAGCCCGAGGUCGAAUCCGACGAAGAAGGCGACGACGACGACGACGAUGCCCACGACGCCUCCCCCUCCUCCGCCGCCGGAGCAGAGGAGGCCGGCAAGAAGAAGAAGAAGUCCAAGCGCAAGAAGAUCAAGGAAGCCCUCACCGGCGGUCCCAAGCCCUCCGGGGACCCGGAGCAGGACCUCAAGAAGGCCAUUGGCGGCCUGACGUCCCAGCAGAUCCAGGAGCUCCUGACCCUGAACCCGGCCCUCGCCGAGGAGCUGGGCGCCGCCACCGGGUCGUCCAACUCGCCCGAGGACACGGCCAAGCUCCUCAAGAAGCUCAAUCUGCAAGACAUCAUGACGGGCCUGGCGUCGAGCGGGAAGAACGUCAAGGAUAUGGCGAGCUACAAGUUUUGGGGCACGCAGCCUGUGCCCAAGUUCGGGGAGAUCGAGGGCCCCGUCGAGGAGGGCCCGCUGCGGGUGCAGAAGCUGGAGGAUGUCCCGACGCAGCCGCCUGCGAUGAUUGCCGGUUUUGAGUGGGUGACGAUGGAUCUCGAGGACGAGGGGCAGAUGAAGGAACUCUAUGAGCUUUUGAAUGGUCACUACGUCGAGGACGAUGAGGCCAUGUUCCGCUUCAACUACUCGACCUCUAUCCUGAAGUGGGCACUCAUGGCUCCCGGUUGGAAAAAGGAAUGGCACGUAGGCGUCCGCGCCUCCCAGUCCCGCAAGCUCGUGGCCUUCAUCUCCGCCAUCCCCGUCGACCUGCGCGUCCGGGAGAACACCAUCCGGUGCUCCGAGGUCAACUUCAUCUGCGUGCACAAGAAGCUCCGCGGCAAGCGGCUCGCCCCCGUGCUGAUCAAGGAGAUCACCCGCCGCAGCAACCUGCACGAGAUCUGGCAGGGCCUGUACACGGCCGGCGUGGUGCUGCCCACCCCGAUCAGCACCUGCCGCUACUACCACCGCGCCAUCAACUGGCAGAAGCUCUACGACGUCGGCUUCAGCCCCUUGCCGGCCAACAGCAAGCCGCUGUACCAGGUCCGCAAGUACCACCUCCCCGACCAAACGGCGACCCGGGGCCUGCGGGAGAUGCAGCUGAAGGAUGUCGACGCCGCGAUGGAGCUGUUCCAGAAGUACAUGGCUCGGUUCGACAUGUAUCCCAUCUACAACAGGGACGAGUUUAUCCACUGGUUUAUUCCCAGCAAAGACGUUAUGCCGGAACAGGUCGUCUGGACAUAUGUCGUUGAGAACGACAAAAAGGAAAUCACAGACAUGUUCUCCUUCUACUGCCUCGAAAACUCCGUCAUCGGCAACCCCAAGCACCAAGUGGUCCGCGCCGCCUACCUGUUCUACUACGCCAGCACGGUCGCCUUCGACGAGCCCUUGGACAAGGCGGCGCUGAAAGCCCGGCUGAACGCCCUUAUGGGGGAUGCGCUGAUCCUGGCCAAGCAAUACAAGUUUGACGUCUUCAAUGCGCUGUCGCUGAUGGACAACGGCCUCUUCCUGGAGCAGCAAAAGUUUGGCCCCGGCGACGGCCAGCUGCACUUUUACCUUUUCAACUACCGCGCCAACCCGAUCGCGGGUGGCGUCGACAAGAGGAACCGGCUGGACGAGGAUGCGCUGAGCGGUGUAGGCCUGGUUAUGCUCUAA